GCACUCACCGAGGUUGGUUUUGCCAGUCGGUUCGCCAUAAGGUCUGCGGCUAUUAGACCCCGAACUCGGCACAUGUCGCGCAGGAAAGGUGCCGUGCUUGGUAGCAUCAGGCGGGAGGUUUCAUUGCAUGCGUUAGGGUAGUGGAGGAGCAGUGGGAGCGUCGUGAAGCGAAGCCGAGCGGAGCAAAGCCACGAAGGCUAAGGAGGGUGAAGUGGGAGGAAGACGAGAGAGACGAGGACUAGUAGAGCGAGGAUCACGGCGAUGGCUGCGCCGACGAGAGCGAUGGCGGCCUUCCUCUUGGGCGCGGUCAUUGUGCUUCUCGGUAKUACAGCACGGGCAGCAGCUCAGCCAGAGGCUGCAAUCACGUCCUUCACAUACAUGGGCUCCGGAUGUCCAGCGAAUUCCGCCGUUGGGGAGAUCAGCAAGGACGGGCAAGUACUUACCAUGAAGUUCAGCGAGUUCAGCGCAACGACGGACGCAGGCAUUGCGGGGAAACGGAGGAACUGCCAGAUCAACAUCAAGAUGACGUAUCCCUCUGGCUGGAUUUAUUCCCUGGAGACGGUCACGCUCCGGGGGUACGCGAGGCUUGACGACAUGGUGAAGGGGGUCCACAGGGUGAGYUAUUAUUUCACGGGAGAGCCGGGGCAAGGAAAGUUCACCAAGGAGACGGUGGGCGAGUACGACGACAACUACGAGCAUUCGGGUCCGUUCUCCCCACUUAUCUCGAGCAAGUGCGGCCUGAACCGAAAUCUCAACGUCAAUAUGGAGGUGAAAGUCGACAACGGAGCUAACCCGUCGGGGCAAGGAUUCAUCGAUGUGGACACGGUAGACACCACCGUGUCCUUCAAGGUGAAAUGGGAGGCGUGCUCCUGAGMKACGCAUGCUGUCGAGACACGUGCAAAGCUUAGACAAUCAAGGAGUCUGUUCGGGCCGCAUGCUCUGCUUCAGCUCCGCUGAGCUUUCGACGGCGAACUCGGUGUUUUGGCUGUAUUGUCAAAAUUUGGGAGUAGAACUACGUUGUAUGUACUAGCGCUCGUUUUUCACUCCAUCCGACGGGGUUCGAUCGUCGGACCUCUUGUUGUUUGAAAUUACACUUAUUCCGCCCAGGCGAACAAGCGUUACGUUGUCGCUUUGCUCUUAGUUCACCAGCUCCUGUCUGAGAUCGUCGAGGACAGUAGCUCUUCUGAGGAAGAGCGGUGAUAGAUAAAUAGAUAGAUACAAUGGUGUGGUGGGACCCCGUUAGAUUAAUCAUCGCCUCCUUAGUCCUGACGUAGACUGUCCUAGACGUCUGGCUGAUCUGCUAAAUGUCGAGAUUGACGUUCCAGCUUUUUUUGCGCCAGUGACUCGCAGUUGCUGUGAGUAAGGAUUCUCGGACGCUUGUGGGUAGCGAGGUAUGUGACAGAGGAUUCUUUUUUAAUUAUUAUUUUUUGACUGACGAUUUUCGGACUCUGCGGUGAGCUUUUUUCCUCAUCGAGUCGUUUCGAAACCGCUGUCAUAAUUAAGGCCGAA